AUGAACGAAAGAAGCUUUUGUCGCGAAAGCGAAAGCGCAGCAGAUGAACCCAUUGCCAUUGUGGGCAUGGGCAUGAGAUUACCCGGAAACGUUCACACCGCAGAUGAGUUCUGGCACAUGCUCGUCUCCGGCAAAAGCGGGCAUGGCCCUGUUCCCAAGAGUCGGUAUAACGCGAAUUCCUUCUUUCACCCCUCUACCGCCCCGGUGACCGGAUAUUUCUUGGAGGAGGACCCUGCGUACUUUGAUGCCGGAUUCUUCUCCGUUGGUGCCAAAGAGGCCAGGCUCAUGGAUCCCCAGCAAAGGUUGCUCCUCGAAGUAGUGUGGGAGUGCCUCGAAGACUCCGGCGAAACCAGUUGGCGCGGAAAGGACAUAGGCUGCUUUGUCGGAGUGUUUGGGGAGGAUUGGCUGGAGUUGUCUCUCAAGGGACUAGACCCCUGUCCAGAUCGCCAUCAUGCCCUGGCUACCGGAGGCUUUGCCUUGUCAAACCGAAUCUCAUAUGAAUUUGACUUUCGUGGGCCGAGCAUGACUAUACAAACCGGAUGCUCCGCUUCGCUGGUCGGCUUGCACGAGGCUUGUCAGGGUCUUCGCUCCGGGCAAUGCUCCUCUGCCAUCGUUGCUGGCACCAACCUUAUAUUGACACCGACGAUGACAAGCGUCAUGAACCAAAACGGUGUUCUGUCGCCUCCGGGUCAGUGUCGAACUUUUGAUGCCAAUGCGGACGGGUAUGGGCGUGGAGAGGCAAUUAAUGCAGUCUAUAUCAAGCGGCUCAGCGACGCCCUGAGAGAUGGCGACUGUGUUCGUGCGGUAAUACGAUCCACGGCCGUCAAUUUCGACGGGAGGACGGCGGUCAUGACUAACCCCAGCGGAACCGCGCAAGAGGCGCUCAUACGAACUGCAUACAAACAGGCCCAGAUACAUAAAAUCUGCGACACGGGCUUUUUCGAAUGCCAUGGGACCGGUACGUCGGCUGGAGAUUCGGUUGAGACGUCAGUUGUGGCCAAGCUCUUCGAGGGCCAUGGCGUACUCAUGGGUAGUGUCAAGCCAAACUGUGGUCAUUCCGAGGGGGCUUCGGGUCUCACUAGCAUCAUCAAAGCAACCCUUGCCCUUGAACACCGCACCAUCCCACCAAACAUCAAUUUUCAUAAGCCCAACCCCACUGUCCAGAAGGAAGGCUCCGGAAUUGAGGUUCCAGUGAAAGCCCAACCAUGGCCAAAUGACCGCCAGGAACGUGUGAGUAUCAAUUCAUUCGGUAUAGCCGGAGCCAACGCGCAUGCCAUUCUGGAUUCGGCGGCUGCAUUUGGGGUACAGAAGAUGUCCCACCCGGAAUCAGACCGUCCGCACCUCGUAGUGGUUUCUGCUCACAAUAAGGAGUCCUUACAACGUCGCAUGGAAGACAUAGCAAGCUAUAUAACCUCUAAUCCCACGAGCGUUCACGACUUGGCAUAUACAUUAGCAUCACGACGGCAGCAUCACAAUCAUCGGGCAUUCGCGGUGGUCUACCCGAACACGCCAGUGGACCAGUCCCAAUUUCACAUGUCACCAAAGACACUUCCCUCUCCUACAUUAACGUUCGUGUUCACUGGACAAGGGGCGCAAUGGGCGGGAAUGGGUAGGCAGCUUCUCAAAACUGAGCCUUUAUUCCAUAAUGCGAUUAAGCAGAUGGAUAAGGUGCUUCAGAACUUGGCAGAGCCCCCAGAAUGGUCAUUGAUUGAGGAACUCUCACGCAUGGGCACUGAGUCGCGUGUCAAUGAAGUUGAGCUAGCCCAGCCACUGUGCACUGCCCUACAGCUCGGAUUGCUCCAGAUCCUCGCACACUGGGGUAUUCAACCGAGCACUGUAGUUGGUCAUUCUAGCGGUGAGAUUGCUGCAGCCUGCGCAUCAGGUGCGAUAACAGUUGAAUCAGCUAUAAUUAUUGCAUUCUACCGUGGAAGGCUGGCCAAGUUACAGGAGGGCUCCGGUGCAAUGGCAUCUAUUGGAUUGAGCCAUGAGGAAGUUCUACCAUUCCUCGUCAACGGGGUGGUCGUCGCUUGUGAAAACAGUCCUCGUAACGUGACGAUUUCAGGACCCAAGGAGCAGAUUCCCCAGGUAAUCAGCAACAUUACCGCGGCUUUUCCGGGAACUUUCUGUCGAAAGCUGCGUGUCCAGGUUGGCUACCAUUCUCCGCAAAUGGAGACUAUCGGAACGUCAUAUGAAGAUGCUCUUGUACCUCAUAUGAAUCCAGGACCACAUAUGCGACCAAUGAUUUCUACUGUCACUGGGGAUAUCAUUACUGAUCCUUCUCAACUUGGACCAAGCUACUGGCGUCGGAAUCUCGAAUCUCCUGUUCGAUUUUCAAAGGCAGUAGAAAUGCUUCUCCAAAAAGAGACGGAGGGUAGCCAGCUAUUCAUAGAAGUCGGACCACAUUCCGCUUUAUCUGCGCCUCUUCGGCAGAUAUUUCAAGUUGCUCCUCGGUCAACUCCCGUGUACAUACCCACCCUUACGCGCAACGAUGACCACCAACAAUCCCUGCUGCUCGCAACUGCUGGACAUGUGUUCAACACAGGGUCUUCUAUCAGCUUUCCCACAAUUGUGGAAGCCGGUAGACUCCUCAGCGAUAUCCCGCGCUUUCCAUGGACGCAUACUGACAUGUACUGGAGCGAGGGUAGACCAAGUCGCGAUUGGCGGCUACGAUCACUCCCUCACCAUGAGCUACUUGGCUCGAUGAUAAUGGAAGCCACGAUCCAGGAACCAUCAUGGAGAAAUGUGCUGCGGCUAGAUGACGUGCCAUGGCUGUCGGACCAUGUCCUGCACGGCGAGGUCGUCUUCCCAGCUGCCGGGUAUAUUGCCAUGGCCGGCGAGGCCAUUAGGCAGUUGAAUAUCCUCAAUAGCCAAUCAGAAUCUAGUUUGGACCGCUAUACGAUACAGAACAUUCGGUUUGAGUCUCCCCUAAUUUUAGCCAGCGAUACUUCGGUUGAGGCUAUUUCAAGUCUCAAGCCAACUGAGCUGGCAGACGGCGUCAUGUCCGGGUGGUACAGCUUUUCUGUAUCCACAUUCGACGGGGCGAAAUGGACGGUGCACUGCAGGGGCUGCGUACGUGCAGGCAGUGACUGCCCUAUUUCUGCUAAUAGUAGAGAGGUCAGCCCCUUGCCCAGAGUAGUGGAACCCUUACGGUGGUACCGCACAGUCCAGCGAUGUGGAUUGCAAUACGGUCCUCACUUCCAGCGUCUGCAGAACAUCACCGCAGAUCCAAUUGACAAUGCUGCAGCUGCCACUGUAUACCAGCCUGAAAUGCAGAAAGACACCCACUACCCUCUCCAUCCUGCUGUGAUCGACCAAGCCCUUCAGCUAAUCGGUAUAGCUGCAUCAAGAGGAAGGUUGCACACCAUUUCGGGCGCCUUUAUUCCCGCCAAGAUUGAGCGCCUUGUCGUGGAUAACAGGACAUGGUCACGGGUUUCUUUCGAAGCUCGGACUUUUGAAGAUAAAGAAAAAGGGCAGCAGGCAAAGAUCAUCGGUAUCACUGAGGGCCAGGCAAUCUUUAGCCUCGAAGGCGGAGUCCUGGCUGGCCUAGCAGGGUCUAACAAGACAAGGGCGGAUGACACCGACCUACUUUCAAGAAUACAUUGGAAGCCAGAUAUCGACUUACUGGCACCUGAGAAGAUCCUGCCUCCGCGUCCCAAUCGUGGACAUGCCACCCACCGUAGGAUUCUUGGGCUCCUUUCUCUGAUACACAUUCGAGCCACAGCUGAGCGAAUUGAACAUAUCGAUUCAUCCACCGGGCAUCUAUUGAAAUGGAAAUCUUGGAUGCUCUCGGAGGCCGCUAAGAUUCGCGCUGGCGUGCAUGCAAAUCUGCAGCCACUCUCAAGUUGGAUCGAGGAAGUACAGCCGGAGACGCAGGAUGUCCUUCUCCGUGCAGUGAAAGAAGCUCUGGUACCUUCGUCAGCCAUACUCAGCGACGGGCUGUCUACUACCUGUGAAGGUCUAAGUGAGUGGAAUUAUAUACCUCCAGCUGAUUUGUUAGAGAGAAUCUACAGCUGCCUUGAGAGUAUACCGGCCGACCUCCCCGGUCUGGCCAUCAUUGAAUGUAUGAGGGCAGUCUACAAAAAUGCUGUCGAUUUCAUGUCUGGAAAAUGCUCCCCGCUAGAGGUACUCGUGGCCAGCAAUAGAUUGGAAAGGUUUUACGAAGACACAGUGUCCCGGCAGACUGAUCUGACGGAAGUGUUUUCUCUUCUUGGACAUGCGAAUCCAUUGAUGAAAGUCCUAGAGAUUGGCGCCGGAACAGACCUAUGA